AUGUUCAAAGGUAUCCGAGGAAGAACAUUGAAAUACGGCCAAGCUUGCGACCGCUAUCAAGACAAGUGUACCAACGGCGCUAAGUGUAUUGAUAAGAUCUGCAAGUGCUCUCCAGGAUUCUUACUGGCUCCAAACGGGUGGUGUGAAGGAUUCGAUUUAGCGAAGGCAAUUGAAAACAACAAGCAAUCGGUUGGUACUACACCUCCAACAAAGGCAAACCGCAUUGUUCAGACCAAAAAGCAACAAGUUUAUACCACAACUACCACCACAACUACCAGAGCUCCAGUCCAACAAAAAACGGUUCCAGAAGACUUCCCAACCCCUCCGUCGAGCAUUUUCGGUUUUCCUGAUAGAAGAACAACUAAAAUGGUACCAAAAGUGGCUGCUGUUGGAUCAGCUUGCCGGCCAAUUGAUAUUUGUCUUGGCGAGAGUGUGUGCACUAACGGAUUCUGCCAUUGCCCUGAAAAUUACAUCCGCCAAAACGGGCAGUGCAUUUCAACGGAGAGCAAACAUAAAGUUGCCAAGGUCGGCGAAACAUGCAAAAAUGGAGAGAUUUGUGCAGGAGGAUCUAUUUGUGAUUAUGACAGAAAACGUUGCAUUUGCGCAGCUCAGCAUGUAGCUAUUCGAGGAAUUUGCAAACAGAAAUCUGCUCCAGCCUUUGCAGCUCCAGGAGAUACUUGCAGCAUGCGUGAGAAAUGUACCGGAGGAGCAACCUGUAUCGAAGGAAUGUGCACUUGCGAUGAUCAUCAUUUUGCUGAGGAUGGCUACUGUAGACCAAUUGAAGCGCGCAGUUCGAAAGUGCAAUUCGUGAAUGGAGCCGGAUUGAGGUUCUCUUCAAUGCAAGUACCAAAUAGACAGAGAGCCCAACCGUGUAAUGAAGCUGAAUGCAAACUUCCCAACUGUUUCUGUAGUCACAAUGGAAGACAAGCUCCAGGAGGACUUCGUCCUGAUGAAACCCCACAGUUUAUUGUUUUGACCUUUGAUGAUGCUGUCAACGGAAAAACAUUCCCAGAUUACAAAAAACUGUUUGAGAAUGAUGUUUUAAAGAACCCAAAUGGAUGUGAUGUCAAAGCAACAUUCUUCGUUUCUCAUGAAUGGACCAACUACGACGCAGUCAAUUGGCUUGUUCAAAAGAAUAUGGAAAUUGCUUCAAACUCUAUUUCACAUGAAUCUUUGGAGAAUGAAAACACAAACAGAUGGUUGAAUGAAAUGGAUGGGCAACGAAGAAUUUUGGCAAAGUUUGGUGGUGCUCCAGAAGAGCAAGUUGUUGGAAUCCGCUCUCCACAAUUAGCACUGGGAGGUGACAAUCAAUUUGAGAUGAUGGUUGGAGCUGAGUUCCUGUGGGACAACUCAAUGUCAGCAAACCCAGGGAUCCAUGGUGAGCCAUUCUGGCCUCAAACAAUGGAUUACCAAGUGGCAUGGGACUGUCAUGAGGCAUCCUGCCCUAAGAGUUCAUUCCCCGGAAUUUGGACAGUCCCAUUGAACCAAUUUCACGGUUCUUACAUGAGACAAAUUGACAGCUUCAGAAGAGCAAGUAUGCUUCGUGCUGCUGUUGAUUUGAACAAUACUGUUGAUGAAUUGGAAGAGAUCAUAAUGCGAAAUUUCGAACGAAGCUACUCCGCAAACCGAGCGCCAUAUGUGUUGUCAUUGAAUGCUGACUUCUUGCAACUUGGUGGACACAAUAAAGGAAUGAAGGCAGUGCAGAGAUUCUUGAAUAAGAUGUCUGCUCAUAAAGACGUUUACAUUGUUACCAUUAAGCAAUUGAUUGAUUGGAUGAAACGCCCAGUUCCUGUGAAUCAAAUGAAAUCCUCGAAAGCAGUUGGUUGUCCAAUAUCUUUCAACCGCAACCCCUCUUUAUCCACUUGCGACAAACCUAACAAAUGUCUCUACAGUACGCCGUCGUUAUCCAGCCAGGAGCAUCAGUUCUUGACAUGCUUGCCAUGCCCAACUAUGUAUCCUUGGCUUGAGAACCCAGCCGGUGGUAUAGUCUAA